AGCGACUGAUCCUGCCUCCACCUCGUCUCGCCCGACCUGAGUCUGCCGCUCCUUUGCGCUCUUUCCUUCCCUCUUUUUGGAGUGUCUCGCAGCAGCGACAGCCACGCGCGCGCCCCAGCCGCCUGCUACGCCAAGUGUACAGAAGGGCAGGGCCUACUUCGUGCUGUCUUUUCUGUCCUUUCCCUACCUGCCGCCGCCCGUCCUUCCCUCACCCUAGCCCCGCCCGACUCGCACAGCUCGCAUCAUGAGCAGCCGCCAGACCAAGGUAUCCACGUCCGAGCUCAAGCUCCGGAGGCUCAUGGAGCACAACCAGCGGCUGAGGGAGGACCUCGCGAGACCCCGCAUACGGGUUAGCGAAGCCAGUGUAAACUUGAUCAAUUAUUGCAAGAACACAACGGACUACCUCGUACCAUCAGUGUGGGGCACUAUUAGCAAAGCGGAGGAUCCGUUUGGUGCACCACAACCUUCGAGUGGCUGCGGAUGCGUAGUCAUGUAGUCACCUUCAUGAAACGCGUUGCAAAAGCAGCAGCCGCUUCAUUCCCACCUCCCUUGCGCCCGCGACAAGCCGCCACAACCUGCGCACCCCGCACCCCGCGGCUAUGCGACCCUCCACCUCUGGCAUCUGUCGCGCCAUCUCGGACAGUCACCCCUCAGCGUCUCCGCGUUCAGCUUACACUUUGGCAUUCGCAUUAGUACAUAUGGAUAACCCUAUGCAUCCUACUUGGUUUUCGCCGUCUCAUCUCGUCGUUACUGCUUUGCAUUAGUACACUGAUUGAUCGUUCAUUCAUCAUGUAUACCUACGCUGGGUUUGCCCCCUCCUAAUGCACCUCGUUCGCGUGGGUGAUGGGACUGCUGUAUCGCGACGACGAGUGUUCCUGGGCACGGCAGCCGCCGUCCGAGGCAGCGUGCAAUGCCGUGCA